CUUUUAGUCGCGUGUUGCCGUUAGUCCGUCGCGAGUCAACGCGGCUGUUGCACGUGGAAGCGAGCGGCUGCCUCCGGAUAUUCGGCGUGGUGCGUCCGUAUUUGUGAAUGCGCGCCGAUGCCGAUGUGUAUCGCUUCUCCGCUUACGUGAUCCGCAUUGCUGAUUAAGCCGUUCAAAAGUUACGCGGUUGCAUAAUGUAAGUUACCGAUAUAGACGAGUGUACGCGCUUUUUAAACGCGAAAUGACUGAGCGUCCAACCGAUUAGAACUGAUGGAUGACGAGCCUUCGAAUUUUUUUUGGGGAGGAAAAUAAAUAUUUGAGAACGCUGGAGUGCGAGAAGUUCAAUAUUUAUUUUAGUAUUUUGAUAGGACGGAAAUCUGUGGAAUUUAUUAUUGAAAAACCGUAAUAUUAUACACCGAUCAGAAAAUCGAAAUAAUAUAUAUAAUCUUGAGAAAAGUGCAGACAAUUAUAAAACUUUGUGGACAUUCGUUCGAAAAGUGUUACGAUAUCUAUUUCGAGUAAUUGUCGAUAGCUGCGAGUUUAUCUCGAAAACGGAUGUUGAUGCAAUCUCGAUUUAGAGAUACAAGAACGAGUGCAGGAAAAGAAUUAUAAAUAAUAAAUGUUUCAACACGAGAAUUGUUCCAGUUAGAGUGUCUAAAAUACAUUCUAUAUAAAAAAUCAUAAUUAUUUUCAAAUAUAAAUUAUAUUCUCUGAAUAAAAAAAAGUAAAUCGAGACGAACGUGAUCUUACGAACAAAAAUACAGUGAAUAUUAAUAAUAAAAAUUCCUAUAUCUGUGAUUAAAAACAAACAUAUGAUAAAGAGAAAAUUAUUAAGGACUUUAAAAUAAUUAUAAAAAAAUUAAUAUAAUAAAAAGACGGAGCAAAAGUACCUGUGAUGAAAAACUAGUCUUUACAUCUUUGACAGUUGUGUGAUUUUGACCUCUUGUUUCGGAGCACAUGAAAGGGACGGAAGUGACGGAUCGUGAUAUUUGUAAAGUAUCCCGGUCAAUUUUCUAAUCUGAAUAUAAUGGCGCCAGCGAACAAUCUCGACUGGUCAGAGCCCUGUCAACAAUGGCGAUAUCCGAAAUUCUUCUCGACAGCGGCAGAUCAGAAAAGUGCCGAGCGUCCCAAAAGUGCCGUGGAACUAACGAUGAAUGGCAAAGAGACGAAUACCGCUUAUAAAAAAUUCUGCAAGUUUCUGCGCCGACUAAGCAACAAGAAACGCAAGGAUGGCAGCAAGGUAACGACCGUGGUGGCGACUCCUGGUGCUGGUCCAGAUCGUCCCCAAGAAGUCGCGUACACCGACACCAAGGUCAUCGGCAAUGGCAGCUUCGGCGUGGUAUACCAGGCCAAACUCUGCGAUUCGGGCGAGAUGGUCGCGAUCAAGAAGGUUCUCCAGGAUAAGCGAUUUAAAAACAGAGAAUUACAAAUUAUGCGACGCCUCGAGCACUGCAACAUUGUGAAACUCAAAUAUUUCUUUUACUCUAGUGGUGAUAAGAAGGACGAGGUUUAUCUCAAUCUAGUCCUGGAAUAUAUACCCGAAACUGUGUACAAAGUCGCUCGACAUUAUAGCAAAAGCAAGCAGACGAUACCAAUCAGCUUCAUUAAGCUGUAUAUGUAUCAACUGUUCCGUUCGUUGGCGUACAUUCACUCGUUGGGUAUCUGCCACAGAGAUAUUAAGCCGCAAAAUCUACUCUUAGAUCCAGAUACCGGUGUUUUGAAGCUAUGCGAUUUUGGUUCGGCUAAACAUCUAGUGAAAGGCGAGCCCAACGUGUCUUACAUUUGCAGUCGCUAUUAUCGUGCACCUGAGCUCAUCUUUGGUGCUAUCGAUUAUACUACAAAGAUCGAUGUUUGGAGCGCAGGUUGCGUGUUGGCAGAACUGCUGCUAGGCCAACCGAUUUUCCCUGGCGAUAGCGGUGUUGAUCAGUUGGUAGAAAUUAUCAAAGUUCUUGGUACGCCUACGCGCGAUCAGAUACGUGAGAUGAAUCCCAAUUAUACUGAAUUCAAAUUUCCACAAAUUAAAUCGCAUCCUUGGCAAAAGGUAUUCAGGGCGCGCACCCCACCGGAGGCGAUGGACCUGGUGGCGCGGCUGCUGGAGUACACCCCGUCGCUCCGUAUGACGCCGCUGCAGGCGUGCGCGCACUCCUUCUUCAACGAGCUGCGCGAGCAGGGGACGCGGCUGCCGAGCGGUCGUGAGCUACCGCCGCUCUUCAACUUCACCGAGCACGAGCUGCGCAUCCAGCCGGUCCUCAACAGCAUGCUGAUACCCAAGUACAUGCAGUCGUCGGCCGCCACCGCUACUACCACCGGUACGGAGGGGAAUAAUCCUGGCGGAGGUGUGGGCGGCGGAGGUGGUGGCGGUCAAUCGGACGCCGCCGCCAGCGCUAGCGAUAUAAAAACUGAUCGACUUGCCGCAAAAUGACUAAAACGCUAUCAUACGCCAGCAUAAUUAGAGGGAACGUUAACUAGCAAGCUGGAGCAUUUAGAAGACAUAUUCGUGCCUGUCAAUCAUGUCUCGGCGCGUUAAGGCUCCUGACUCUUCGUCGACCUUGGAAUUGUGACGUCAGAGCUUAGAAGACACAUGCUAAAAAUUUUUAGAUGCCAUUUCGGUAAAGUGGCACUUCAGAUAGCUUUAGCACACUCUUAAAAUACUUAUUCUUUUCCCUUUAUAUCAAUCAACAAAUUGCAAAAUGAGUGUAAUAUGAUAUAUAAGUUUGUCUGACAGUCUGAUCAUUUCACAGUUGAUAAACUAUGAAGAAAAAAGAACAGUUUUCGAGGUAUUUUAAAAGUGUGCUAAAGCAAUAUUUUUAUUUCAAAACGGCAUCUAAGAAUUUUUAACGCGUGUUUUCUCACCUCUGACGUGGAUCCAGGAGCCUUAAGUCGUUAUCCCUAGCACUGUCGCUAUCAUUAUAUUGAUUUUCUCUAGAUUCUCGGCUAUCCAAAUCUUUUUCUUUUCUUUUUGUUUUUUUUUUUUUUUUAAUUGUAGUUGACGAACUUCUGAUCGACCCAACAGAGCGAUUUACCAUAUUUUUAAACCAACGACACGUUGUCACAUGGCGAAUUUUUGACAUGCAUUAAUGAAAUCGCUUCAGUAACGAAGAAAUCUCUUUUUGCGUAUUAAGCAUGUUCCCGGAAUUAGUUAUGCGAAAAAAAA